AUGGAGGCAGCAGACAAAGACGCGGUGUGGCUGAUGCAAGGCUGGCUGUUCCUCUCCAGUUUUUGGUCCACCGAUCGCAUCAAGGCCUACCUGAGCGGAGUGGCAAACGAGAAAAUGAUCAUCUUGGACUUGGCUACACCUGCCAACCCGAUUUGGUCCAAGACGAGCUCUUACUAUGGGAAGCCGUUUGUGUUCAACACAUUACAGAACUUCGGUGGUCAGCAAGGUGUUACGGGAAAUCUGCCGAAGAUCGGAGAUGGAUUCAAGAAAGCCUUAGCCGAAUCAUCGAUGACUGGGGUUGGAAUCACCAUGGAAGGGAUGUGGACGAACUAUAUCACUUACGACUUCACCCUACUGCAAGCCUGGGGUCGGGCCGAUGACCCUGAAGACUUUGCUAAGACAUUUGGAGCUCGGAGGUAUGGAGCGGCGGCCUCCGAAAUCGGAGCGAAGCUGUGGACGGAUCUCUACCACUUGGCCUACACAGCCGGUGGCGAGCCUAGGUCUGGCUCACUGGCAAGGCGCCCCUCCCUGACCCCAAAAGAGGAGUUCGAGCCCACGAUGCGAAUGCUGAGAACCCUUACAACCGUUUCAGGCACCCCAGGCACCCGGUCCUUCCGUUUCGGCUCCUUGUGGUCCAAGAUGUUAUCGAUGCUUGCGCCCACGGCGGCGUCUUCGAAGGCUUUCCGUUUUGAUUUAGUCGAUGUCGGCCGUGAGGUGCUCUCGGAAGCUUUCGACCGAGAGCUUGCAAAGCUUAAGGAUGCUUCAGCUGCGAAGGAUGCUGGGAUGGCCACUGCGGCACAGCAAACCAUCCUUGCGAUUUUGGAUGACUUGGAUGCCUUGCUGUCCACAGAUGAGAACUUUCUGCUUGGCCGCUGGUUGGCAUGGGCGGAGCAUUGGGCGCACACGGACUCAGACCGCAAGCUCUUGCUCUUCAACGCUCGCAACCAACUGACCUUAUGGGGCCCAACAGGUCAGAUCCUCGACUAUGCUACGAAGUCUUGGGGGGGUUUGGUCAAAGGCUUUUUCCGGCCACGUUGGGAACUCUUUUGCGAAAAGGUCGUUGAGGCAGUUCAAGGCGGAAGAUCCUGGACGUCCGCCGAUCAAGACGCCUUCAACAGUGAGGUCUUGGCAAAGGUGGAGCUUCCCUGGCAGACUUCCGCGGAGAUGUACCCGAGCAAACCGACGCGAGAUGCCAUCGAAGUCUCCAAGGCUUUGUACCACAAGUACGUAGGCAUCUCCAACACCUGUCGUCUGAACAGUUCCUUGCUUGUCAGCGUAAAGUGUGCCCCCCAACAUCGCCAGAGCCUGCAGCUGGAUCGAUGGCAGCGCCGGUCUCUCAUGCCGGUGCCGGAGAGAAAGCUGGAGAUCCUUUGGGCCACUAGCGGUGAGCUCCUGGUGACCCUGAUGCUGCCAGCAAGCAGUCUCAUCAAAGACGUGAAGGUGCAGCUGCAGUCCAAGCUGGGAAUCGAUGUCGAAAUGCAGAAGCUCGUCACAGAGGAGGCGGUGCUCGAGGACGACCAGCCUCUGGAGCUGGAUCAGCUCCGUCUUAUCUGUUUGUCGCCAGAGUAUGGCCUGGUGGUGGUGGAGGGCACGAGGUCACGCGAUCAAAGAGGUCUCGGGAACGAGAACGUGGCCUCAAAGACUAACGGCUUGGCGAAAGCCUUGGGCAGCUCAGGAGAAGUCCGCGAAGAAGGGGACACAACACACUACCACGUUCAAUUGGAGGUGGUGGUGCCAGAGACGAAAGAGCAGCCGAAAUUUUUCUGGACCGAAAUCACCAGCGGCAUCGGGACGUGUACUGUAUUCAGCUGCUACGUGGAGCCUGGAGCCAAAGUACUUCUGGCUUUGUGGGACGAAGCUUCGGCACCUGCUCUGCCAGCGGAAAGGGUGUGGGCACCGGUGAUAUACCCCAGGGGACCCAAGUGCACAUCAGGCUUUGCGCACGGCAAAGGCCAGCCGCCCCGCGGGUUCCUUUCUCUGAACUGUUUGAGACAACUACGGCCAGAGGACUGCGACUGGCAGAGCGUGACUGCGCCUAAACUCUACCGACUUUAUUCUUGA